AUGGGCUCCGAAAUGGAUACCUUUGCGGCCCGCCUGGCCAGUUUUGACAUAGUUUUGAAGCCGGAGAAGCGCAGAUCUUCUGGUACAAAAUCGCCAAAGGCCGUCUCAUGGCCACACCAGCGACCUUCGCCAGCUGAGUUGGCGCACGCCGGAUUCUACUACAAACCGUAUGAGACGAAUCCCGAUAACACAACAUGUUUCGAGUGUCAUCGAGCGCUGGAUGGCUGGGAGGAGGACGACAACCCCGUCACAGAACAUCUCAAGCAUGCACCCGACUGCGGAUGGGCCAUCAUGAUGGACAUCCAGCAAAACAGCUCGAACCCCGCCUCGAUCGAAGACCCAACAAGCGAUCGCAUUACGCAGGCACGAUACUCAACUUUCGGGUCAGCAUGGCCUCAUGAUGGCAAACGUGGCUGGGUAUGCCAGUCACAGAAGAUGGUCGAAGCAGGGUGGUACUUCUGCCCAACUGACGAGAGUAAUGAUCUGGCCAGUUGUGUUUACUGCAAACUAUCUUUAGACGGCUGGGAGCCCAAAGAUGAUCCAUUUGACGAACACUACCGCCGCUCUUCCGACUGCUCCUUCUUUGUUUUUGCCCAGCCCCCAGGUAAAAAGGGCAAGGGCUCCAAAGCUAAGAAACCUCGAGUCUCCAAAGCCUCUUCUCGACUUUCGACGCAAUCUGUCACAUCAGAAGCCCCCGAGAUGGAUAUGGACGACUCAAUGGACCAAAGUAUACUGUCCCAAGCCACCACGAAAUCAAAGUCCACAAAGAAAGCGACCAAAGGCAAAUCAAAGGCUAGCAAGACCAAACAAGAAGAGCCAACAGAGACAGAAACCCAAGAUGGGAUCGAUGUCGAGGAAGCUGCACAGCCAGAACCUUCGAAACCCAAGCGCGGCGCAAAAGGAAAGAAGCGAGCGAGCGAGGAUAUCAAGGAUGAACCAGAGCCCACCUACGGAGAGGAAGAACCCUCACAACCUCCGGUGGAGCCUCCUGCGAAGAGACGAGCAACGAAAACGCGAAGUAGCAGUGUCGCUCGGAAAUAUGAUUACGAGCACAGUGAUUCUGUCAUGGCAGAUGCAGACCCCGUAGGUGAUGUGGCCUCUGACGAUGAGCCCAAACGGGGUCGAAAACCUGCCAAAAAGGCCUCGCGGUCCCGCAAGGCGUCCGAUGUGUCUGCUUCAUCAAAGGCUCAAUCUAUGCCCCAGGGACCACCUGACUCGGAAAUUGAUGCUCAAAUUGAAGCCGGACUGCAAGAGGAUAUUCCUGAACCCGCUGAGGAUGAGCCUGAGCAACCAAAGCCAUCCUCAAAGAAGACUAAAUCGAGCAAAAAGUCCAAAGCUUCGGCUAAAUCACCCGAGCCAGUUGAACAGCAAGAAACAGAGGAUUUCGAAGAAAGCGAUGGGCGUCCAGGCCAUGAGGAUGUGGUGGCCAUUGACGAUGAACCCGAAGUGUUUGAGCCACCCGCCCCAAAGGCUAAAGCGGCUAAGGGAUCCAAAAAGAAGAGUACCAAAAAGGCUAAAGCCCAAGAGACCGUGGAGCCACAAUCACCGGAGGCUCGUCAGUCACCUGACGCCGCGGUCGAAGAGGAUAACGGGUACGAGUCAGGACACCACGAAUCCCUUGUCGCUGUUGAAAUCAUCAGCAAGAACCCCGACCCUAAGCCCGCCGCCGAAGAACAGGUGGCUAAGCCUGAGAAGAAAAGUUCCAAGAAAAAAGAGGCCUCAGCCAAAGAGAAGAAGUCCAAGAAAUCGGAAAAGAAGGUGGAGCAGCCACCAGUGCCUCAACCCCCAGUGGAAGAGCCUCAUGAUGUCGAGUCUCCGAUGGAUGAGCAAGAUGAUGAGUUCGACGAGGCAGAUGACUUGCCUGACCAGCUCGAGUUAGUCAACCCGCCUCGUCAGCCUUCUCCUGCCCCCCGGGAGCCUUCAAUUCAACCAGAGUCUUCCCCUCAACCACAGUCCUCGCAUCGCAAGAAGUCGAGUCUGCCACCUAAAACCGCGAAGCGGUACAGCGACAUUCCCCAGGAAGAGCACCUUACGGAGAAUUUGAUCAACCAAAGCUCCCCCCAAGUACAAGAGCCUCGGCGAACCUCCCAACGAUCGAACCAGGCACUCUCUCCGCCCCCACACCAAAGCACACCAUCUCCUUCUCCUCAAUCAUCGGAUGCUGAGAAUCGGCCUCCUUCAUCCCGGCCUUCUUCAGCAAGACCUCCAGUUCAAUCAACGCCCAAACACCCUGAAUUCCGUGCGGCUGUCACAGCCAGCACCCCAUCGCCAUCUAAACGCAACCCCAAUGCUGGGUUCGGACCUUCUGGCCAUCCAUGGACUCCUGUCGAUAUCGACGAGGCACUCUUUGGAGAGGCCAGUGACAAGGAGAACGCCGAUCUCUCUGAUCUGUUCAAAGGCGUGAAAGGCGGAUUGACCAGCCCCGAAAAGAAGAUGACCGUUCAAGAAUGGAUCACAUGGAAUGCAAAGAACAGCGAAGACCGACUCAAGAGAGAAUGUGAACGGCUGGUCGGUCAGUUCGAAAAAGAAGGUGCCCGAGCAUUACGGCGGAUCGAAGCAAUUGAAUGCAUCGACUAA